AAAGGCUGCUAGGAUUCCGCCUAUCGAGGAAGUUAGAACACUUCUUCAUCACAGUGUACGGGGAUUUAUCUCCUCCUUCUCUCAGGAGCACCAUGGAUAUCCAUUCGGGUCCAUGAUUGACUUUGCUUGUGAUGCUUACGGAUCUCCCAUAAUUGCUGUUAGUAACUUAGCAGCUCAUACAAAGGACCUGCUAGCUAAUCCUAAAUGCUCAUUGCUUGUGGCGAAAGAUCCUGAGGACAGGACUGACAUUAUUGUUACGAUUCAGGGAGACGCUCUCCUGGUUGAUGAGAGCAAUAUGGAAGCUAUUCGGACUGCCUACACGACUAAGCAUCCAGAUGCAUUCUGGGUGGACUUUGGUGACUUCCAGUUCCUGCGCAUUGAACCUAAAGUUGUGCAAUAUCUCUCAGGUGUUGCGACAGCUUCACUAGCAUCUGGAGAAUUCAGCAAUAAGUGA